AUGCCACUAUGGCCAAAAUCGUCUUUGAAUGAUUUUGCUCAUCAUACAGCAACCAACGAACCAAAACUUCGGAAAAUCUCGACGACUUCACUUAAAGACAAAGGUUUGUUGGUGCCAGCACGUUUAGCAUUGAAACGGCAACGACCAGUGCUAAAACCGCCCGUUACGAAACCUGAAUUCGAUGAUUCCGAUGGAUUUCAAAUCGAACUCGGUCGUACAGAAGACUUCGAACCAGAGAACAGUCAAGAGCAAAAACGAUUACAAACCACGCCACAUAAUUUGAAUUCACCACGCGGAUACACGCCACAUACCGUUGCGACUGAUAUUUCAAUUCGAUAUAAAGAAAAGACGCAGUCGUCACAUCCAGUAACUGGGCAGUGCGUUUCUCAGUAUAUUGAGGAUAGUGGAAGUCCAUCUCCAUGUUCAUAUGUCCUACCACGGAGACCUUAUCGAGAAAAGAAUGCGCCCGCCUAUACAUUCGGCUCACGAUGUUUAGUUGAAAAGAACGGUGGCGCACGUACUGGGUGGCAAAAACAAUGGUUUGCACAUACGGAUCCAUACACAACAAAAGUUGACUUUGAUCGAGAAACCGCAUGGCCAUCGCCCUUUCACUACCAAGCGAAACCCUCUCUGGGUAAUCAAACAUCAAAAGUUACAUUUCCUGCUUGGUCUCUUGCUGCACGUCUUCAUACAAAUCCAAUAUUAGUUGCAGAAAACAAUCCUAGUCCGGAUACGUACAACACGAUAUCAGCUUUUCAUAGAUUAACGGCAACGAAUACCUUUACCACACUAAAAUCACGUACCGGUGGUACGCAAAUAGCUGCUAUACAAAUCAAAGAUAAGAUACCCGGCCCCGGCGCCCAUGACUCAAGAAGAUUUUUAUCAAAUAAACAUUCAGCACCGAAACAUUCAUUCGGCGUACGUUGGCCAACAUCACUCGGACAAGAUCCUUAUGUGAAUACGUUACCACCGCUGGAAUCUUGA